AUGGCAGAGCUUCCAUCACUGGUGCGCGUCAAGCGCAAGCGUGGCGAGGAGCCCACGGCCGACUUGUUCCUCGAAGAACGGACGCUGAAGAAACAGCAAGUGUGGCAGUUCCGUCUGCAGCAGGCACACCCCUCGCAGCUACAAUCCAACACACUAAACGGCGGUGUGUCUGGCGCAUACAAUCCAUCCAGCGUCGCAGACCACCUCCAGCAAGAGCAGCGCCAACAGCUUCACCAAGAUGCCCUGGUCCGUCGCGAAUUUCGCCUUGCCCGCCCAACACGUCCCCUCCACCGCCGCAUCGAAUCUGUCAAGAAGCGCAAAGCCCAAUUAGAUACCCAUGACAUUCCCACCUUCGUCGAAGCUACCCCUAAGCGUCGUCGUGUUGGUCAGGAAGAUGCUCCCCAAACCGUCCUGGACACCCCCAUCUCCACGCCCAACACACUCAAGAGGCCCGGCGCAAGCUCCAGGCUGAAGAAGCCUACUGCCGAAGCCCUCUUCCAAAGUCCUGCCAACCCUCCUCCUGAUCGUCUGGCCGACGCCCUCCAUCGUUUCGCUCUAGAAGAGGAGGCUCGCGAAUCAGCUCGCGUGAAGCCAAAGGUCACAUCGAUUCCCAAGAAACCCGUUCAGAGAUACCGCGAACGUCAUCCCGAGCAAUUUGCUGCUCCGGCGCAGACCACUCAAAAGGCAGAAGAAGAUGUUGACAUGAUGAGCGAUGACGAUGAUUAUGUCUACGAUACAUAUGUCCGCACAAAAGACCCUGUAGUCCCCGCUACCCUCGAAGCUGAAGAUUCUUCCAACAUUCAGAUUGGUUAUAUUGUCAUCUCCGAAGAAGACCAGCCCCUGUGGGAGACGUACUUCGAAGAGGAGACCGAGAGCGACAAAGAGUUCGAGACCGACGACGAGGACGAAAACGCCGAAGGUUACUAUGCUGCUGAUUACCCAGAGGACGAGGUUGCUUCUGACGAUGAGUACGACCGAGGCGCAUACGGAUAUCGUCAUGGAGGUUCCGAUGAUGAACAGUGGGAGUCGGAUCCAGAAGAGUGGAGUGAUGGCGAUGAGGCAAUGCAGAACCCCUGGAAGAGAUAUCCCUGGAUGCGCUCUUCUCACGGAGCUGGAGGCGAGCAAGAUGACGAAGAGCUCUGA